AUGAAGGCUUUGCUGCUCUUGGUUCUUCCCUGGCUCAGUCCGGCCAACUACACAGACAAUGUGGGGAACUUACAUAUUCUCUACUCAGAACUGUGUAAAGGUGCUUCACACUACGGUUUAUCUGCGGACAGGAAGAGACGCUCUCAGGAGGGCGACUGUACAGACAGCACAUCCGAGCUCACCGUGGCAACCCUUCCCUCAGAAGGUGGCCCCAACUCUGCCGCUGUUGCCCUCCUAUCAGAUGAACCUGGCUUAGUAAACCCUGCCUUUGAGUCCAGUGUCGAGGACAACAGCCAAUCAGGAAGCACCACCAGCCUGGCAGCCCGCUGCAACUCAAAGAAGAUCCGAAACUUUGACCGUGCGUCGGUUAGAAGUCGUUCAUUCCGCCGUUUGAACCGUGCGUUCAGUGUUCUGAGGAGGACCAAGAGUGGUACAGCAGUGGCCAACGAGACAACAGAGGAAAGAGACAAUGCCAGAAAUGCCAACAUACCACAUGAAGUGCUGGCAUUGCCUCAACUGCAUCACCUCAUUCCCGAUGGUGAGGUCACCAGCAUCAAGAUCACGCGUGCCGACCCCUACGAACCCUUGGCCAUCAGCAUCGUCGGGGGCAACGAGACCCCACUCGUUCGCAUCCUCAUCCAAGACAUCUAUAGAGAGGGGGUCAUUGCACGGGACGGUCGUCUGUUGCCAGGGGACAUGAUCCUAAAGGUGAAUGGUAUAGACAUCAGUAAUGUACCUCACUGCUACGCCGUGGCAGCUCUGAAACAACCCUGCCAGCUGUUGCGUUUGACCAUUUUACGGGAGCAGAGGCAUCGUUAUCGUUCUCACCACGUAUCGAACAGUUACUCCAGCUACGGGCACACGGUGCGGGACGACAGCCUCCACGUGGUGUUGACGAAAGGAGCCCCAGACGAACAGCUGGGCAUUAAGCUGGUCCGUCGACCGGACGAACACGGAGUCUUCAUCUUCCACCUGCUGGAGGGGGGGCUGGCGGCCAGGGACGGCAGGCUGCGCGUGGACGACCGGGUGCUGGCCGUCAACGGGCACGACCUCCGAUACGGCGCUCCGGAACACGCUGCCCUCCUCAUACAGGCCAGUGAGGAACGGGUCCACUUCAUUGUGUCCCGUCAGACUCGCAUCCCCUCCCCAGACAUCCUGCAGGACGCCCCCUGGAACAUGGAGGGCCCCCCACCCUACUCUCCAGAUUCUUGCCAUAAGCCUGCAUGCUAUGAGAAGACGGUGACUCUGACUAAAGAGCCUCAUGAUUCUCUGGGUAUGACAGUGGCAGGAGGGAUGUCCAGUCGGGGCUGGGACCUGCCUGUCUACGUCACCAACGUCGACCCCAACGGAGUGGUAGGACAGGAAGGCUCCAUCCGAAAAGGUGACAUCCUGUUGAAUGUAAACGGCGUGGACCUGACGGGCGUAACGCGUAGCGAGGCAGUUGCUAACCUGAAGAACACUUCCUCUCCGGUGGUCCUGCGGGUUCUGGAGAUGCGCCCCCCUGACGAGAGCUCCCUGGACUGCAUGCCCCCCCUGCACUCACCCUCCUCCCUGUCUCCUUCCUCGCCUGGAGACGUUAAAAUACCCCCACCUAAUGAUGAUUACUCUCCACUCUGGGUGUCCUGGCUGCAGCUGCCCAGGCACCUGUACUGCUGUAAGGACAUAGUCUUACGCAGGAGCACGUCUGGCAGCCUGGGAUUCAGCAUCGUAGGAGGACAGGAGGAGGUCAACUGUAACCAGUCCUUCUUUAUCCGCUCCAUCGUAGAGGGAACACCCGCUUACAACGACGGCAGAAUACGCUGUGGAGAUAUCCUGUUGGAGGUGAAUGGGAAGAGCACUUGGGGAAUGACACACACAGCGCUGGUACGUCUGCUUAAGGAGCUGAGGGGGCGGAUCACUCUUACCAUUGUCUCCUGGCCUGGCAGCCUCAUAUAG